GGCGGCAUGGUGCUAUGAAGCGUUUGACUUGGGCAUGGGAGACUGGACGGACGAGCCGGAGGAAAUGUCGGUACAGCCUCCUCCUCCCAGGCUACGCCUCUCUCUUGGCAAGGAAGCGCGUCCUCUGCGAGACACCACAAAUCUCCGUUUUGCUGAGCCCGUGAGUACUGCGGAGCUAAAACGCAGCCAAAGGGCAGUCCCUCAUCUUCUACCGAUGCGGUUCCGUCUGACCUGUUGAUGAGCCAUGAAGCAGAUUUGGUGUGCAAGUGGUUAUGCCGGUUCGUG